AUGAUAUUCGAAGAGAUUGGAGUUGGCCGUUGUCUCUGUAUCCAUGCGCAGUUACAAGCAGUUGAUAUCAUCCUGCAAUCGUUGCUUUAUCAACGCGGAAUUGUCCCAUCCAUUGUGAGCCAGCUUCUGACGCAUCCAGACUCGCAACCGGAACUGAAAUUUGCUGAUUCAUAUAUAAAGCUCAGGGAUGAAACAAACACCUUCCUGAAUACUAACCAUGUUUGA